AACUUUUGACAUAGUGCACCGUGUAUCACCAUCACAAAAGCAUAGUUGUGUUGUUCCUUCAAGCCCCUUCAACCAGCUUCACCUCUUUUGGCACCAUCACGGCUCUGUCUCUUAUGCAGCGUAGAACCCUUCCUACAACUUCCAACAUUUUCAUCCUUGCCCAUAACACAGAAUACUGUACUGAACUAAGAUUUGUGAUUUUUUGUUUCAAUUAAAAUUUCCAUGGAAGCUCAACCAGUUCUUUUCAGAUUUUGUCUGAAAUCAUCAUUAGUGCCAUCAGGUUCAAUUGUGAAACAACCAUUCUCUUUAAAGUUCCCUCUGUUACCUUCACUUUCAUGCCCUUCAAUUCAGUCCCAGAAUCUUGAGGUUCCUGGUGGAGCUUUUUAUACCAUCAGCAUUGUGCACAAAGAAGUGUGUUCUAGUUCUUGGAGGAGAAUAUGUUGCAGCAGGAGUAGUAGUACUACAGAGCCAGAGGAGGGCCAUGAGGUGAGGGCUCAGGUCUCAGUGAGAAGGAAAAAGCUAGCAGUUUUUGUGUCUGGUGGUGGAUCCAACUUCAGAUCAAUUCAUGAGGCCUCCAGAAGGGGAUCACUUCAUGGAGAUGUUCUUGUAUUGGUCACAGAUCGAAGUGCGUGUGGAGGUGCAGAGUAUGCAAAAAAUAAUGGCAUCCCAGUUAUAUUGUUUCCUACAGCAAAGGAUGAGCGCAAUGGAUUAUCUCCAAGUGACCUUGUUGAUACACUUAGGAAAUUUGAGGUUGAUUUUAUUCUUUUAGCUGGAUACCUCAAACUUAUACCAGUGGAAUUGAUCCGUGCUUAUGAAAGAUCUAUAUUCAACAUUCAUCCAUCACUUCUUCCAGCUUUUGGAGGCAAGGGCUUCUAUGGUGUGAAGGUGCAUAAGGCUGUAAUUGCUUCUGGAGCGAGAUUUUCAGGACCUACAAUUCAUUUUGUUGAUGAACACUAUGACACAGGACGUAUCCUUGCUCAGCGUGUUGUCCCUGUGCUUGCUAAUGAUACUGCAGAGAAGUUGGCUGCACGGGUUCUCAAGGAGGAGCAUCAGUUGUAUGUGGAGGUGGUAGAGGCUUUAUGUGAAGAGCGUGUAGUUUGGAGGGAAGAUGGUGUUCCUCUCAUCCAAAGCAAAGAAAACCCCAAUGAGUAUUGCUGAUUAUCAUUGAUAUGGGGAUUUUAGUUGGAGAUUUGUGGCCAAUGAAUCAUAAUUAUUAGGUAGGUAAACACCGGUGUACUCAUGUCACAUUCCCACCAAUAAUGUAAUAAGUAGGAAAUCACCUUUCUCUUGAUCCGUUCUGCCCAAACCGUUAAUAAGCUCCAGUGGAUUUUAAUAUCAGGUCACUGAGCAUAUUUUUGUACUCCUUCACUCCCCACACAAGAUUCCAUUAACGUAUUAUAAUAUCACUCCAUAAUUAAGAAAUUAUCUGCUAUAUUGUUUAGGUAAGAAAUUGAGUUGUCCAUGAGCCAAUGGAACUGCCUG